AUGGCCGCCGCGCGCGGGACGCCCGGCGCGUCGCUCGUGACCCUGGUCACCGCCUCCCUGCGCGACGCGCGGCCGGGCGGCGGCCGCGGAGAGGAGGAGCGGGGAGGGGAGGCGCGGGGGAGGGCAGAUACCUGUAUCUCGGAAAGAUACGCCUCGGGGCCAACGAGCGCGGGGGCGACGACGCCGUCGCCGGCGGCGCGCGCGCCCGCGCGCGGCGCCCGCGAGGUGUCCGCGUCAUCCUCCGCGCGAGGAUCCGCGGCGACGCGGGAAGGGGGUCCCGCGCGCGCCGGCGAGCCGCUCGCGCGCGCGGGAGGGCGACGCGCCCCACCACCCGCGCCCGCGCCGGUGGUGCACAGCUACUUCGCCACCUUGCUGGGCGCCACGACCGACCCGGGGGACGCGCUCGAGAUGCUACGAGACGCGCCCGCGUGUCUCCGCCGCAACCGGCUCGUCGAGAUGAAGAAGGCGGCCAAGGCGGAGGCGACGCGCAAGCGGCUGCACUCGCUGCUCGAGGCUGGCGAACGCCUCGACGCCGCAACCUUUCCCGGACUCGCGUCCGCUUUUUUCCCGACGCACGUUCCCGACUCCGCGUCCUCCGACGACGCGGACGAGCGGCGGCGCGAGCUGCGGAGACUCUUCCCGGGCGGGGCGUUGUACGUGGACGAGCGCCCGAGGGUGUAUCCCAUGUCCACCGACGACGACAACCUCGCGCCGUCGCUCUCUUCGCCGCAGCCGUCGUCCCGAACCUCGCCGGACGCCUCGCCGCCGUCCGGCGAAGAGAAUGGGGACGAAACCGACGCCGUGGCCGGUGAGUCACCGGGCGGUGAGUCACCGGGCGGCGGCGUCGCCGGGGAGACGUCGACAGCCGCGUCCGGCAAAAAACGAACGACGCCAGCCGCGUCCGGCAAAUCGGUAUCGAAGCGCCGCGAGCGACCCAACGAGAGCGCAACCGCCGCCGCCGCUCGAUACCGUCAAGCAGCCGCCGCGCCGACGUCGCCGCCGCGGACCCUGCCCUUUCUCGCGGGCGGGAUACAGGUGAUUCGCAUCGGGCGCGUGGUACCCGCGCUGUCCGGACGUAACUCCGCGCAGAGCUCGUACGUGCUACCCGCCGGGUUCACCACCAGGCGAAGGUACACCAGCGCGACGGACCCCACGAAAAAGGUUUGGUACGAGUCCACGGUGGAGGUGCGUUCGUCAGCCAGUGACUCACAACAGCCAGCGACGAACGACUGUAAAAAGGGUACUGGUAAAAAGGACGCGGGAAAGGAAAAGGAAGGGUUCGUCGUCAUCGUCCACGAGGUUGGGAACCCCGCGCUGACGUGGCGCGGCACGUCCCCAACGCACGCGUGGCAGCAGGUCAUCGCCGCGGUGAACGUCCGAGCCAAGACGAGGAAAAAAGCAGCCGUGUCCGGGCCGCAGUUCCUCGGUCUAUCGCUGCCGGAGGUGGCGGAAGAGAUCGCGAAGCUGCCGGGAUACGCGGAGUGCAUCGAGUCCAUGGCGGCGCGAGGCGGAACGAACGGCGGCGGCGGCGGCGGCGGCGGCGAGCGAUCGCCGACGAACGCGCGAUGA